AUGCUUCUCAAUUUCUUAUGGUGGUUGCUCAUAGUAGUAGAACUGGUGCAUGGUGGAGUAGGCCUUGAACAUUGCAUCGAAACAAGAUGUAAACACCAUGGCCCAACUGUCCGAUUUCCCUUUCGAAUUAGAGGCAGCCAGCCAAAUCACUGUGGUUAUGAAGGCUUUGACAUAUCAUGCACCAAUGACAAGCAGACUGUUCUGGAGGUCAUGCCAUUGUCGGCUAGCAAGUUCUUUGUGAAAAGCAUCAACUAUGCAUCUCAGGAAAUUGAAAUAUAUUACCAGAUUGGUUGCCCACCUCAACAGGUUUUUGACCUCAUCAGUUUACUGUCUUCUUCCCCAUUCAAAUUUGUAGAGGGUGGAAGGAACUAUACAUUAUUCAGCUGUCCAUCAUCGAAAGAAUUAGACGAAUAUCGACGAUCUCAUGGCCCUUACUGUGUGGCGAAACUGGGGAGUUGCAACCAUGGCAGCAAUCCUGUAGGCAACCAGUUUUACACUGUUCGUGAUGAUUAUUGCACGGUUGAUAGUCUUCCCCUAGUGUCUUGUACCAAGGUGCAUGACUACUACACAUUAUCAUCAGUACCAGACAUGUCCACAAGGAGCAGGCACAAUGUUCUGAAGCUGCAAUGGUCCAAGCCAUCAUGUCAACAUUGCGAAGAGAUGGGAAUGACAUGUAGAUUUAAGAGUGAAGAAUUCAGACCUAACCAGAUUGAAACUACUGAAUGUUUACAUAUGCCCAAAGGUACUUUCUCAUCUUCUGUGAUUCUUAUAGUCACAGGAGCUGUCAUUUACUAUAUCUAUAGCUCUAAGAAAGCAGAAGAUGAAAAUCAGCUGAGAAUUGAGAGAUUUUUGGAUGACUACAGAGCUCUGAAGCCAAGUAGAUACUCCUAUGCUGACAUUAAGAGGAUAACAAAAAAAUUUGAAGACAAGUUAGGCCAAGGGGCCUAUGGAACUGUGUACAAAGGAAAGCUUUCCUCUGACUUAUUUGUUGCUGUAAAAAUCCUCGACAAUUCAAAUGAAAAGGGAGGAGAUUUCAUAAAUGAAGUAGGAACUAUGGGUCGAAUCUACCAUGUCAAUGUGGUUCGCUUGGUUGGCUUUUGUGCUGAUGGAUAUAUACGAGCUCUCAUCUAUGAAUUCUUACCAAAUGGAUCACUGCAGAAUUUCUUAUCAUCAGCAGAUAGUAAGAACUCUUUCCUUGGUUGGGAUAGGUUGCAAGAUAUUGCUUUGGGUGUAGCCAAGGGAAUUGAAUAUCUUCACCAAGGGUGUGAUCAACGUAUCCUCCAUUUUGAUAUCAAACCCCAUAAUGUUUUGCUAGAUGAGGACUUCACCCCUAAAGUUUCUGAUUUUGGUCUAGCCAAGUUGUGCUCUAAGGACCAAAGCGCAGUAUCCAUGACAGCAGCCAGAGGGACCAUGGGCUACAUAGCGCCUGAAGUGUUUUCAAGGAACUUUGGUAACGUGUCCUAUAAGUCAGAUGUCUAUAGUUUUGGAACAUUGUUGCUCGAAAUGGUUGGGGGUAGAAAAAAUUUUAGAGUCACUGAGGACUCCACCAGCCAAGUCUACUUCCCAGAGUGGAUCUAUAACCUCUUAGAAGAAGGGAAUGACCUACGGAUCCAUAUGGAGGACAAAGGAGAUGGUAAAAUUGCUAGGAAGCUUGCAAUUGUGGGUCUACGGUGCAUCCAGUGGCACCCAGUAGAUCGUCCGCCCAUGAAACUAGUAGUUCAGAUGUUGGAAAGAGAAGGUGACAAUCUAACCAUGCCUCCUAAUCCUUUUGCUACUACUUCAAAUUGA